AUUGAAUCUUCCAUCGAAGAGCCUCUCCUGGGAGACGACACUGACACGGCCAACCCAAACAAUCACGUAACAUUCCAGCUAGUAGAAGAAGGGAGUAAGCGUCGCAAAACGAAACUAGUGGAUAGCUUGGGAUACAGCUACAACGUCAGGUCCAAACGGUCUUAUGCAACAUAUUGGCAAUGCACGGUUCGUCCUCGAGGAAAUGCUUGCAAGGCUACGGUAAUCCAACAGGAUGGAACUUUUCAAGCGGGGGCCAACGCCCAUAACCAUUCUUCAGAACCAGGGGCAGUGACAGCAGCCAAAAUCGUAAAGUUGGUAAAAGAGAAGGCUCUGGAGGAUAAGUUCAAGCCAGCUUCAGCAAUAGUGGAAGAGAUAUUUAAAUUGCACCUUACUGACUUACAAGUGAACUCAGCUAAUGGGAAAUUUUCGAAUCCGAAGUUUUCUAAUACCUAAUUUUCUCUGUCGUAAAUAUUUGACAAUUUAAAACAUUCUACAUAAACUUUUCAAAGACUUUUCAUUUUUGAGAAAAAUAGCUGAAAGACGGUCCACUUGAUAAUUGUUAAGUAACGUUUUUUAUUUUCCUUUUUUUUUUUAAGGUCUUGUUGAAUGAACUGAACGCGGGUUGUCCAGCACUCUCUAAGCCGGAGCAUAUUGCUCGAGCUGCAAACCGUUUACGGGAGAGACUUCACCCGGAGGAUCCAAAGGACCUCGACUUCGAAAUAAUGAAAGACUGCAUUCCGCAAGGGUUCUUCCAGGCAGAAGUUUACCUCAAGGAAAGAAGACAUCUCAUCUUCGCUACAGACGAACAACUUACGACCCUCGCAAAAGCCAAGUCUUGGUAUCUUGAUGGUACUUUCAAACUUGUGUGCAAACCUUUCCAGCAGCUGGUAACGAUUAAUGCCUUCGUUCGCUGUAGCGAUCACGCAAAACAAGUACCACUGGUGUUCGUCCUCAUGUCCGGGAAGAGUACGAAAGACUACAAAAAGGCCAUUAUCUAUUUAGAGUUAUAUAUGUAUCCUAAAGCAUAGUGCAAUAAAAUUUCUGGCAUGUAUAACAUCAUUUCUUUUUCUCUUCACAAAAUUAGGUAAUGAAGAAAAUAAUCCGCAUCCUGCCAAUUCAGACCAGUGUCCGGCAGGUCACCCUAGACUUUGAAAGGGCUGUCUGAAAGGCGCUUAGAUCCAUCCUGCCAGCAGUACAGCUUCAGGGCUGCGUGUUCCACUGGACCCAGGCUCUUUGGAGAAAGGUUAGUUCAUGUCAAGCACUCUUUUUUCCCUGCCGAAAAAAAAGGUGAAUAAAAGGCAAUAAACUGAUUAUUAAAGUUUAUUAAACAAAUUGUGAUUUCACAGCUUUAGCCUUUUUUAAGAAACAAAUAUAUACAACUGUUAGAACGCAAGUGUCAACCAUUAUAAUCAACCUGUGUAUCAUCAGCUUUAGCAGUCCGUUCGCUAGUCGUACGUUUUCCUUAAAGCCAAAAAUUUUAACUUUUUGUCUAUGCCAGGUGCAAGAGCUUGGCCUCCAAACUGCAUACAGUAAUGAUGAAGCAACGUACCGGUUCAUAAGGAAACUAAUGGCCCUCCCGUUCCUCCCUCACUACGAGAUCAGACCAAUGUUCGUGCGCCUCAGCGUUCUGGCACAUACCCAGCCCCUCCACAAUCUUACUGACUACAUCCAGGAGCAGUGGAUUGAGAGCACCAUCUUCACCCCAAAAGAUUGGAGUGUCUUCAAGCAGCCGAUCCGGACCAACAACAAUAUAGAGGGGUGGCACAACGCCCUGAACCGCCGAGCCGGUGGCCAAUGCAGAUUACAGUUUUACCUCUUAAUCGAACUUCUUCAUCGAGAAGCCCGCUUGACGUCAAUAACAAUCAAGCUUGUUUCAGACAAGAAGUUGAAGAGAAUACAGAGAAGGAAGUACAGGCAACUCCGACAGAAAUAG